AUGAUUAAACAACAGCAACCACAACAACUUAAGGCACAGACCAUUACAUACGCCAUAUAUGCAUAUAAUUCAAAGACGGCAGAACAAACGCAAAGGUUGAAAUAUGGAGAUUUGGAGAUAGUAUUGAAAAAUGACCAUUUCGAAUUCGUUUGCAAAGGUGGUGCAGUGAUAUCAAAUAUAAAAGAAAUUUUAUUUAUGAAUUCUAAAAUUAAAGGUAUAACGGAUGAUAUAACAUCAAUUCCACCAGAAGAACAAAGAUAUUACGCAUUAAAUGCAUUUCCUAAAGUUUUGAAGAUUGGAAGAUUUAAUUUAAAUGAGGAAUUCAUAAAAGGUUUCCUAAAUGACAUAAUGGAGAAAGCAGAUAAGGGACUUGUGGCUAGUGAGUUAAUGAAGAAGGCAGAUAAGGAAUAUGUUAAUGAAAAAGAUAAUGAAAUUAUAGAAAGGGUUGAAUGGUAUCAUGAAUGGACAUCAAAGAUUUUAAAAACUAAAGCUGAUACAGGAUGGGUUUCAGGAUGUUUAGACCUUAAAGCAGAUAAAACUUAUGUUAACGAUGAGUUAAUGAAGAAGGCAGAUAAGAACCAUACACAUACAAGUUUUACAACUGUUGCUAUAGAAAGUAUUGAAGGAACGGUUGAAGAAACUGGUGGGGAUGCAUUAUAUUGUGAACCUCCUAACUUUCCACAAGGUUUAACAUCGGAUGACGACAUAACGACGAUGAGAAACAUUAGAUGUAAAGAUGUUUAUGUCAUGAAGGAUGAACAUAAUAUUAAAUUCACUGCUCAAGAUUUAUAUGACAAGAAAGCAGACAAAAAAGAGCUUCAAACAUUAAAGACAGAAAUACUUCAAACAUUAUAUCCUAUAGGCUCUAUUUAUACGUCAAUGAACUCAACAAAUCCAGCAACAGUUCUGGGUUUCGGUACGUGGGAACAAAUAGUUGACAGGUUUUUGUAUUGUGCAAACUCUUCAAAGGAAACAGGAGGAAGUAAAACGAUUUCAGGUGAAAAUUUACCUGCACAUAGUCACUACAUAGAUUUAAGUACAUCUCAAGCGGGUUGGCAUAAGCAUAGAUAUUGGGAUUGGUCAGCAAUGAUAAAAGGUAAAGGAUAUGAUGUUAAAGACAACGUUAAGUUUGCUAUAGAUUGUUACUGGAGUAACACUGAGGGAGGAGGAAACCAUACACAUCGCGUUUCAGGAUAUACACAAACAACGGGACAAAGUAAAGAUUACAUGCCGCCAUUUAUGACUAUAUUUGCAUGGUACCGUGUUAAUUGA